AUCGAGAUCGCAAAAUCGUAUAACGUUCUGUUUGAGCCAGACCCGUCAGUGAUGGGCAGGACGAGAUACUCCGGGCUGAGAACAUGCUGAUUGAUCUUGAUGAUGGCAAAAAGGGAGGAGCAAGCGGUGGUAGUGGAAAAGCAGGAGGAGGAGGUGGUGACAUGAUGAUGCCUCAGGCUUAUUACCAGCAACCGCCACCUCCGAGCCAGAGUGCGAUGCAUUACCCACAUCCCAAGCAACCACAACCGCCUCAGCUAAUGGCUGGGAAAGCACCGCCUCCUCUCCCUAAUACACCGCCCUCUGGACAUGGUGCCAGUUACCAGAAUGGAGGGGCCAGUGCAGCCCCAUCAGCCCCUGCAGCGGGUCAGGAGCACUCACCCCCGCUCCCCUACACCUCCAAUAUGAACUUUUCGAAGGGUGGUGGAGGAUACGAGGACAGUUUCCCAGAACUCCAUGCAGUGCCCAACAGUAUCCUGCCUGACCCCCCGGGCUCCAAGUCUUCUGGGGGUGAGGGCGUAGACUUUGAUGACCUCUCACGCAGGUUUGAGGAGUUGAAGAGAAAAAAGUGA